ACUUAUUUAGAAAAAAGGGUUUCAGUUAACAAAAGCUGCUCGCAAAGACCACAACGUGCUACUUAUUUUCGAAAUAGAUUUAUUUUUAAGGCUGCAAUUGAAAUGAGAUUGCUGUUGGUUUUGCUGGCUGUGCUCGCCACUAGUCAUUGGACUUUUGGACAAAAAACCGAGAAGAGAGUUGUAUGCUACUAUGAUGCACAGAGUUCAUUGCGUUCUGGUUUUGCCAAAUUUCCCCAAGAAAACCUGGAAUAUGGCUUGCAAUUCUGUACUCAUUUGUUCUAUGGCUAUGUGGGUCUUACCCGCGAGACCUUUGAAAUGUCCAGUCUGAAUGUUGACUUGGAUAUGUUUCACUUUCGUCAGAUAACCGAUCUGAAAAAGGCGCAUCCUGGAUUGAAAAUCUACCUCAGUUUGGGUGGCGACAAGGACAACGAUGAAGUGGAUCCCAUGAAAUACAUUCACCUCCUUGAAGGAGGCAAACCCAUGUAUGACAAUUUCAUUUAUAGCUCCUUGGCUAUGCUGAAAAAUAAUGGAUUUGAUGGUUUGGACUUGGCCUUUCAAUUUCCCCGUAAUAAACCUCGAAAAGUUCAUGGCACCAUUGGCACAGUGUGGAAAAAAUUCAAGAAACUCUUCACGGGAAAUUUCAUUGUUGAUGUUGAUGCUGAGACGCAUAAGCAACAAUUUACCGAAUUUGCUAAAGAUUUGAGAACAGCCUACGACAGAUCGAAUUUGUCUUUGACCCUGACAGUGAUGCCCAAUGUAAAUUCCACAUGCUUGGGAAAGUUAUUAAACCCCGAUCUGGAACUAGCUUUGCAAUUCUGUACUCACUUGGUCUAUGGCUAUUGCGGCAUUAAACACGACACCUUUCAGGUCUUUAGUUUGAACGAAGACUUGGACAUCAAUCGACACCAAUUCUCAGAGGUUUUAUCUCUGAAACGGAAAUAUCCACAUAUUAAGGUAUUAUUGAGCAUUGGUGGCGACAAGGAUGUAGAUCCUGAUCAUCCCAAUAAAUACAUCGAGUUGCUGGAAGGAGAACGUGUUCGCCAAACCGCCUUUAUUAACACAGCCUAUUCGAUGGUGCGCUCCUAUGGCUUCGAUGGCAUUGAUUUGGCUUUCCAAUUCCCCAAAAAUAAGCCACGCAAGGUGCAUUCGGAUAUUGGUAUGGCCUGGAAGAAAUUUAAGAAAAUAUUCACCGGAGAUUUCAUUGUGGAUCCCAAGGCUGGUGAGCAUAAGGAACAAUUUACCUCGUUGUUGAGGGACUUGAAAAAUUCCCUAAGACCGGAUGGCUAUAUGUUGACAUUGACUGUGUUGCCCAAUGUAAAUUCGUCCUGGUACUUUGAUGUCCCCGCCGUGUCUAGUUUUGUCGAUUACAUCAACAUUGCCGCCUUUGAUUUCCUAACCCCUGAACGCAAUCCCGAGGAGGCGGAUUUCACCGCCCCCUUAUACGAGUUGUACGAACAGAAUCGUUUGCCUCACUACAAUGCUGACUUCCAAAUCGCAUACUGGCUGCAACAAACUUGCCCCGCUAACAAACUUGUCUUGGGCAUGGCCACCUAUGGUCGCACUUGGAAAUUGACUUCUGACUCCAAUGCUUCUGGUGGUGUUCCCGUUGUUCCUGCCACAGAUGGCGCCGCUGAUUCCGGUAUGCAGAGUCAAACUCCUGGACUUUUGAGUUGGCCUGAAAUUUGUGGCAAAUUACCCAAUGCCAAGAAUGCCUAUCUGAAGGGUGCCGAUGCUCCGCUCAAUCGUGUGGGAGAUCCCACUAAACGUUAUGGUGCCUAUGCCUAUCGCCUGGCCGAUAGCAAUGGUGAACAUGGUAUUUGGAUUAGCUAUGAUGAUCCAGAGGCGGCUGCCAACAAGGCCAGUUAUGUGCACUCCAAAGGUUUAGGUGGCCUAUCGCUAUUCGAUUUGAGUUAUGAUGACUUCCGUGGCCUUUGCAAUGGUGACAAAUAUCCCAUAUUGAGAGCUGCCAAAUAUCGUCUAUGAUUUAGAAUAUUACACCAGCUUUUUUGAAACGAAUUUUAUAUUUUUGUACUUUAAAUAAAAUAAAAUAAUUUUUAAUAAAAAUCUGAUCAAAAGAAAA